AUGCAGUCUGAAAUCAUGAUUCCAUGUUUUGAAAAGCCUUCUGUCAAGUGGUUGACCAAGGAAAGGGAUUACUCAUUUGACAUAAUUCAAUUGAUAGACCAAGUGAAGGACUGGUUUAUGUUUCAAGUGGCUGCAAAAACAUUACAUGAAGACUUGUCUGUUCGUUGGACUGUUAGUAUGGAUAAGAGGCGGACCAAACGAAAGAAGAGAGAAAUUGAGGAAGUAAGUGCUGACUUCGUAGCACAAGCACUUCGUGAACUACAAUCAUAUCCUUCUCUAUCUCCAUCACACUAUCCUCAGCAAGUGGAACCAGAAAUAUCACUACAGCCAGAACGAACGCCAAUAGUACCAACAGCACAGACCCAGGAAAAGGCUAUAUUAAUGAGCCUUGAGCAUGAAGAUGAUGAUGAAAUUAUACAGAAAUUAGACAAAAUAUUUGGCCAGCAAGAAGUUGCAGAAGAGGAACAGAGAUUACCAGUUGGCGAAGGCUUGCUUGUUCCACGUGAAACAGAUACUGCAGCAGACCUAGAAGCCCAGGGAUUGCCAAGAAGGACAACAGAUAAGGCACCGAGUAUGGAAGUUGUUCGGCACACGGAAACACCACCAGCAGUAGCAAUAUUUACUGAUGUGCAGCAGCCAUUAAUGACAGAAGAUCAGAGGUCUUCUUCCAUAUCAUUUGUUCAGCCACCUGCACCACUUCUACAAAUACCUGAAGGUGAAGAAAAUUUAGCCAUCCAGUCUCUUGAAGAAUCAGUUCCAGCACCAGCUGAUGGUGCCCUUGCUCAUAGACCUGAAGAUUUAGAUGUUACUCGGCCAAGAAAAAGAAUGAAGCGUUCCUUGCCAAGAGAAAGAGUGAUGCAUCAUGUACCAAUUAUAGACAGACAAACAGAAUUGACUUUUACAAGACAGAAUCUGGAUGUAGAUAUGCACAAAGAGUAUGAGGAUGUUUUCAGCAGCCUCAUGGAGCUUCUUCCUCCUAUGGAAGAGCCUGUCAAGAAUUUUUUACCUCUUAGUCAAGAUGAAGUGAUGCGAGGAUCAUCAGAUACCCUUGAAAGAUUUCAGCAGUCUCUAGGUCGGAGAUCUUUGGAAGAAAGAUCCAGAACGAGAAUGAGUGGAGAAGGUGAGAAGCAGAUGGUCCCUGCAUCAGAGCUCUGUCAUAUCAGUGAGGAAGCUGCUGUUCUUCCAGAAUCUGCCGUUAUGCAGGAAGGCUUGAUACCAGAACCUCCAAGGGAAGAAAAAUCACUUCAGGUGCCAAUCACCUAUGAUGAACCAGUCCCAGGUGCAACAAAACCAGAUGACGCAGAUGUAAGACCUACGAGGGAUCCACAGGAAGAAAAAGCCGAGGGUAUGGAAGUGCAGGCUGUUGUUGAUGUACCACAAUUUACAGAAAGACAGGAAGAAGUGUUUGAUCUUUUGGAGAGAUUAUGUUUAAUUGUAGGGUUGUCUGAUGAAGCAUACUCAUUUGAUGACUUAUGUCCACUGUCCACUGCAAAAUCAACAGCAGCUUCUGUUUUCUUGCAUCUGUUAGAUCUGGACAAUCGACAAAGCAUCACUUUAGAGCAAGAUAACAGCACAGACUUUGCACCUAUUUACAUUAAACCCACUGGUGAAUUAUAAUGCCACUGAACUGGAUGAACAUGUCAUUUGCAUGAUCCAUCUCAUAAAGAUUUGCAUUGUAUACAAUAUAUGUGAGAGUUGAAUUUGUUUUUAGUCACAGUGAGGAUUAUAGCAUCAUAUGAUUUAUGGGCUCAGGUCAUGGUGAAAGUGAGAAGUUGCAUAGU